CUCCAAUUCCAACCUUUGUGCUUGGCGCUAAUGACCAAGAGACCGUGAGCUAUUUUCCAGACAUCAGUGGCUGCGAAUUAGCUGAGAACAUCACUUAUUUAGGCCGUCGAGGUCUUUACAGUGGCACUUCUGGACUGCAGAUCGCAUACCUGAGUGGUAUCGAGUCCCAGGAUGAGCCUGCUCCUGCCUACAGUUUUAGCGCAAAGGAUGUGGCAGAAUUAAAAACAUCUUUGUUAUCAACCCCAAACUUCAAAGGUGUGGAUAUAUUGCUGACAUCCCCCUGGCCCAGAGAUGUGGGGACUUUUGCCAACAGUGCGGGAGAAAUAGAUACCAAGAAAUGUGGAUCCAAGUUAGUAUCUGAUCUAGCUGCAAGUCUCAAGCCAAGAUACCACUUUGCUGCCCUGGAGAAGGCCUAUUAUGAAAGACUUCCUUACAGAAAUCACACAGUGCUACAGGAGACCCCACAGCAUGUGAGCAGGUUUAUUGCGCUUGCUGAUGUUGGCAAUACAAGCAAGAAAAAGUAUCUCUAUGCCUUCAGCAUUGUGCCAAUGAGCUUGAUGGACCCUGCAGAGCUGGUGAAACAGCCACAGGACGUCACCGAAAAUCCAUACCAGAAAUCAUGGAAGGAGGCACAGAAGAGCAGAGCACCCCUGUGUGCAGAG